ACAUAAACUGUGAAGAUGUUUUUUUCCGUAUCCAGUUUGGAACCUUCUUCUAGGAGUUUAUGACCGUUGCUCCUGGUUUUCCCCUGGGGUGCUUUGGUGAAUAGUUGUUUGCCUAGCCCCUGAUGCCCUCCACUGAUAUAUUUGUAAGCUGCCACCAAAUCCCCCAAAGUCUUCUCUUUUCUAGGCUGAAUAGUCCCAUAUCUGUCAGCCUUUCCUUGUACAGCUUGCUCUGCAGGCCUCUAAUCAUAUGAGUGGCUCUUCUCUGGACUCUCUCAAGCUUUUCCACAUCCUUCUUGAAAUGUGGCACCCAGAACUGGACACAGUGCUCCAGCUGUGGCAUCACCAACGCAGAGUAGAGUGGGGAAUAACUUCCAUAGUUUUGCUAGAGAUGUAUCGGCUGAUGCAUGCCAGUGUAUUGUAGCAUCACAGAGGUGGCUCAUAUUAAUUUUAUGGUCAAUUAUGACCCCAGGUCCCUUUCAGAAGUGGUUCUAGCUAGCGUAGCACCACCGAGCCUGUAAGUUUGUUGUGGAUUUUUCCUCCCCAGAUGGAGCGCUUUAUACUUCUCAGGGUUGAACAGCAUCUGGUUUUGGUCCGCCCAUCUAACUAAUCUGUCUAGGUCUGCCUGGAUUGUUGGCCUACCCUGAUGCAUGGCCGCACUUCCCCACAGAUUAGUAUCAUUGGUGAACUUUGCCAGUGUGCUUUUCACCCCCAUAUCCAGAUCACUGAUGAAGAUGUUGAAAAGCACUGGUCCAAGUACCAAACCCUGAAGGACCCCACUGGCUACCUUCCUCCAGGUUGACACAGACCUGUGUAUUAGUACUCUCUGGGUCUGACCCCACAGCCAGUUUCCCACCCAUCUGACUGUUGAACUGUUGAGCCCAUAGUCCCCUAGUUUUACCUUGAAAGCCUCAUGGCAAAGGCAAAGGCAAAGGCCUUCCUAAAGUCCAAGUAAAUGACAUCAACCUCAUCUGUUAUCCAGCUGGUGAGUAACUUGGUUGUAGAAGAUGAGGUUAGUCAGACAUAACCUACCCACAACAAAACUGUGAUGGCUGUCAUUCAGAAUUUAGCCUUCUACUACCUUAUUGCAUAUGGACUCCAUAAGAAACUUUUCAAGGAUUUGGGGUUGAUGUUAGGCUGAUUGGCCUAUUGUUCCCUGGGUCCUUUCUCCUCCCUUUCUUGAAGCACACCAUUGGCCCUCUUCCAGUCUUUUGAGACCUCUCCUGUGCACCACAAAUUCUCAAAGAAAUUCAUAAGUUGUCAUGUGAUGACUUUGGCUAGUUUAUUCAGCACUCUCAGAUGGAGUUCAUUCGGUCCUGCUGACUUACAGGUAUCCAGCCUCCCUAGCUGUUCUUUCACCAGCUCUCCAUUGCCUGUUGGUGGGUGAUCAUCCCUACUGUGAAUAUUCUGUGUCAUAUUUGCAUACGGCAGGCUAUCACUCUUAGACUGGUGGAAUACAGAUGCGAAGUACUCAUUCAGGAGUUCAGUUUUCUCCUUGGUGUCGGUGAUCAGAUGUCCAGAUGCAUUGAGCAGUGGUCCCACAUUUCCACUGGUUUUCCUUCUGCUACCUACGUACCUAUAGAAGGACUUCUUAUUGUCCUUGAUUUUGGUUGCUAACCUGAAUUCAGUCACCGCCUUUGCUUUUCUAAUCUGCCCACUACAGGUGUGGGCCAAGCUUAUGUAGUUCUCCUUGGGGCCUAUUCCUAGCUUCCAUCAUUGGUAAGCCCCCCUUUUCUUUUUCAGAAGAUCUGCAACUUCCCUAUUGAGCCAAGAUGGGCUCCUGGCCUCUGUGCCACCGUUUUGCGUACAGGUAUGGACAACUUUUGUGCACUCAGGAUCAUGUCCUUGAGGAAUGACCACUCUUCAUCCAUACUCUUUCCCUGUGGUCCAUGAUCCCAUUGGGCAUUACUCACUAAAGUCCUUAGCUUAUUGAAGUCAGCUUUUUUAAAGUCAAGAAUAUGUACCUUACUGACAUGACGGAUAGUUAAAGUGAUAGUGUCAUGGUCACUGUCGCCUAGGUUACCCUCUAUCAUCAGAUUACGCAUCAGGUCAUCCCCCUUUGCCAAAACUAAAGCUUUAGGAUUUUGUCACUAUUUUUUACUUCUUCACUCUACUUCUGUGAAUACAAGCAGCUCUAAAUUUCAGAGAGCAAGGUGGGGCAAAGCUUAAAGCUAAAAAUGCAGUUGUCCCAUGUAACUCAUUACUUGACAUGAGCUGUUUCUCAGAGUGGGAGAAUACUUGCUUCCAGGGAAGCACUGCAAGGGUGAUUCCCAGAGGGAGACAUCAGGCUAUCAUUCUUUACCGUUUACACUGCUUUGCCCUCUAGGUUUCAGUGUGUACAUUAAUUUAUUUAUUGGCUUUGAGCCAAAGUUGAUGAGGUUUUUUCCCUUGCACUGCUUUCAGGCCUGCAUCUUGGGAAGUGGGUGUGGAAAGACUGAGUUAUAAAUUGUCUGGGAGGAAGGCAAAGAGGAAAUUAAAGCAAUGAGUGCAGUACUCUGACUUGCAGUUAGUUGUACUGAGAAAGGACAGGAAGGAGCAGAGGGGAAUUUCAACUUGGUUGCAGAGGUCACAUUGUUUCUGCCACUGAAGAUGACUCUGGAAGCCUGUGUCCUGCUGAGCUUGGUAUUGAGCAGCUGUGGUGUUGGGGGAUAUGCUGAGCUGUCUACUGUGUGUGGUUCAGAGUCAGGUCCUGCUUCUGAGUUGAAUCAGGCAUACAACUUGACACCUGCAGAUCUUUAUAACCUCAAUGCUAAGUUCAUUGAAAAUGAAAAGGAAACACAGUUCAGGUCCUACCUUAUCAAUAUAAGCUGGAGCCUCAGCAUGGAUGCCAGCAUCAGAGAAUUGACAGCCACCAAGAUAUGUGUGACCAGUCAUGGAACUGUUAGACACUUUGAGUGUGUUCGAUGCAGUUACACAGAAAAGUUUCAAAGUCAAACUACAGCAGGGAAUCAAAGAUGGCAGUUCCAUUACACUGGAUUCCCUGUAGAACCAGUCACUAACUAUUUCAUCCAUGCUUACAACCUACCUCCAGCAAAUAUAAAUGAGGAUUCAUCUUCCAAAUCUCUCUCUUUAAUUUCACCAGGCUGUAAUGAUCAUGUAAUGAAAUAUAGCAAAAGCUGCAUAGAAGAAGGAAGUCUAUGGAAUCCAAAUAUAACUGUAUGUAAAACAGAGGCAGAAGUGGAAGUGAAUUUUACCACAAGUAGCCUUGGGACAAGAUAUAUUCUAUUCAUCUGUGAUACCGAGGACUGCAAUGACCAUAUCGAGAAAGAGACUAAUGAAUCUAGAACAUCUGUUAAACUACCUGUGGGUGAUCGAAGCAACAACAUUACUGUAAAGAUAAUUCCUUAUUUUCCCAAAUGUCAACAUGAUUGUCCAAGGCGCACAGGAACCUUGACAACGUGCAUUCAAAAUUACAGCAAUGGGGCCAACACAAUUGAUUCAAUUGGAAGAUACAUGUGUUUCAUCCUUGUUGCUAUAUUUAUAACUGUGUGUGUGACUGUUGCUGUACUACAUUUCAUGAAAAACCAUGAAACAAUUAUGAAGCGAACUUUCUUUCAUCGCGCAAACCUACACCAAUUUGUUAAAGUGCUAGUUAUAUAUCCAAAAGAAGUCUGUUUUCAUCAUACUGUCCUAACUUUUGCCAAAUUUCUGCAUGACUCUUGCCAGAUUGAUGUUAUUAUAGACAUGUGGCAAAAAAGAAAAAUUGCUGAAAAAGGCCCAGUACAAUGGCUGACAGCUCAGAAAGAAAUUGCAGAUAAGAUAAUUUUCCUCUGUUCAAGCAAUAUCAGUACUGAGUGUGAUGAGUCCUGUUAUAAAAAUAUAGGAAACCACAAAGAUAACUCUGACUGUAUGUUUGCUCUUGCAUUUAACCUCUUCUGCAGCGAUUUGAAAAACCAGUCUUCUCUGCACAAAUACAUAGUGGUUUCUUUCAAUGAAAUAAAUUCAAAAGAUACCCUACCAGCUGCUCUGAAAAUCUGUCCAAAAUAUUAUCUUAUGAAGGACAUUGACAAUUUUUGUAGACAUCUUUCUAUUCAACAUAGCCAGACCAAUGGCAAAAGUACAAAAACAGUGAGUGGCUGGCGAUCUAGCAUCAGAUGUAUACCAACUGAGGAAUAUAGCAUGGGAAUAAAGGAUAACGGCGAGGUAACAGCAGCAGCAGAGUGUAAUUCCACAAGGCUAUUGAUGGGUUUAAUUUAAGUGUGCCUGUGUGAAAUUGAUUCUGAAUUAAACACGUUUCCUUUUACAACCCUUCAGCUGAGAGAAUAGAAGCUAAAAAUUUGGAUGGGAAUGGUAGCUGCCCAACUUACAAAGGUAUUUGCUUCUUCCAACAACUAGGAAAAUAGUUUAAAGCCACAGUGUCAAACUUUUUUGGCUCUGUAGGCCAAACGACAUGCAAGUGCUAUAGUUAAUUCCCAGGGCUCCUGGAGUUGCUGUACUUGUACAAUAUUAGAACCCAGGCAUAAGGUAGCUGCCACGCACCUCCAACAGCACCUAAAACCCCCAUAUAUAUGGAGUGACCAUAGCAUUAACUCUCCCUGGAUUUUAGAGAGCACUAACCUAUUUAGCUCACAGAGGAGGGCUCAUCCAGUCCAGUGUUUUCCAACCAGUGUGCUGCAGCACAACUGUGUGCAGUGAGGAACGUCCAGGUAUUCUGUGGAAUUUUGGGCUGGAGCCAAGCCCUGUGCCUGCUGCCAGACAGACGGCAGGCAGUGAUUUACAUCCAUUGCGUUCAGCUGCGCCACCCUACCCCCCUGCCUGGUCCCUCUCCCCUGUCUGUGCUCGGCUGUUCACCACGGCCCCCACCCACUCCACGUUCAGCUGGUAUGCCGCGGGAUGGGAGAGGUCCGGUAAAUGUGCUGUUGGAACCAAAAGGUUGGGAAAUGCUGAUCUAGUCCAUAAAAUGCCCUGUGGACCAGAUGACCUCUCUCUGCAGGCCAGAUGUUUGACUCCCCUGGCGUAAAGAUAGUAAUUUCACUGUAAAAUAUUUUUGAGAAUUAAGAAAAACAGUGCAGAAUUCUUUAAUUUGGUAUAAAACUAUCACAAUCUAUCAUAUUAUGUAAGAAUGAAAAACUUAUAUACAGCAAAAGCUGUGUUAACCAGCAGUUUAGUAGCCAGAAAACUAUUAACCGGCAUCCAAGGGAUGCGGCAAAAGCGAAACUGGAAGUACCAGUUCCAGGUUUUCCCACUGCUGCGAGCAGAGUUCUUGCCACUUCUUCGGCCCAAGGCAAAGCAGCCUGCACAGAGCCCCCUUCCAUGUCCCCCGGCACACUGAUGUUGUGUGUACACCAGACAGUGCACAUUUGAUUAACCAGAAUAUUUGAUUAACCAGCAUCCCCCAUUCCCGGGGGAUGCUGGAUAACAGAGCUUUUACUGUAGAUAAAAAUAUACUUCAAAAAGGCCCUAUGUAGUUUGAGAAACGACUUGGGUUAAUGUUUAAAUACAUGCUAAUGGAGAAGAUAAGUUCAGCAUUAGAUCCCCUGCCUUGUGAAAUGACCCAGUAGUUUGUAUUAUGCUGACUUGAAGUAUUUUUCCUUUACUGAGUUUAAUCUGAAGCUAAAACUUACAAGUUUGGUUCCUUCCUCCCGUGUGUCAAAUGCUACCAAGUUUGUCUUACAGGACUGUAAAACAUCUCUGCCCAAAAAAGACUUCUAGAAAUAAACAGCAGUGAAAAUAGGAGAAUUUAAUUAAUCCACAGAAUUUAAGAUCACAGGAGUCAUUGCUGUUCUUUCCCUUGCAUUUACCAACUUUGAUUUUUGGGGAAUUUAGGCAUUAGCAAGGCAGUUCAUUUUAGGGCUUGUCUACUUGAGGAAAUUAAUGUAUAAUAGAGUACUCCAUUUGUAAAGCUGAAUUACAGUUAUGCAUGCUAAGAGAGUCCACAUAGGAAGUUUGGGCAGAGUAGCUACUGCAAUGUAAAUUCACACCACAGCUUACUAUAUACUCAUACCAUGUACCCUUACUGUCAGAAGGAAGGUACUGAAUAGUACCUGCAAUAUCCAUGUAUAUAUCAUGAAAUCAUGUGCACCCAUAUACAAGUCAGCUCCCUUUGACACUGUGUAACAUGUGAAAUCUUGCAAUGUUUAUUGUACAGAACCACAUGCAGACUGUCAAAUCCAAACAUGCUCUCUGUACCCAUGUCCUUUUCUUUUGUACUGCAGGCUAGCCACCAGAUAUUUAAAAAUAAAUGUUAUACAAAUGGAA